AUGCGAUAUGAAAUAAACGGAAUAGAAAUACAAAAAUUGAAAUCACCCGGAGUCUCGUCUUGCCUGAAAGCAUACUGUUCAUAUACACCAAGUGACUUGAAUACGUUAGACAAUUGUGCUUGGGACUCGGGCUUGGACGGCGAAGAUAAUAAAAAUUUUAUGAGCAACGAUGUAUUUACCGGUUGUAUACCUCUAAAACAUUUAUUCGGAUUUUGCGAAGAUUAUAAAAAAAUAUUACUAAAUUGCAAUCAACAACUGAUUUUAAAUCGCUCGUCUACCGAUUUAGAUGCACUACGUAUGACGCAAACCGUAACCCCCGAAAACGUUGAAAAAAAUAAAAAAAUUACGAUUGAAUUGAUUAAAGUGAUAUGGAAGAUGCCUAUAAUCAGAGUUAAUGAUAAAGAAAAAUUAAAACUGUUGAAAGUGAUAGAUUCACGUAAAACGUUAUCAUGUGCGUUCAGAACCUGGGAUCUAUGUGAAUAUCCUGUACUACCUAGAAAUACUUCACAUUCAUGGACGAUAAAGUCUAGCAGCUUGCUUGAAAAACCUAGAUUUAUUUUGUUUGGAUUACAAACAGAUAGAAAAAAAAUAUAG